AUGGAAUCUAAGUCUGGUCGAGAGGUACCUGAGAAAGGGAAAUUAGAAUCAACGGAAGUAUUGGAUAGUCAAAAUAAUGAUUCUCUAAAUGUCGAUAUCGUAGUACCGCUUCCUCCAGAUGGAGGUUAUGGCUGGAUUAUAGUUUUUGCUGCUUUUUCAUGUAGCUUUGUUGUCGACGGUAUUGCAACAGCAUUUGGUCCAUUUAUUGACGAGUUUACUGAAAAGUUUAAUGCAUCUGUUGCAACUAUCAGUAUAAUUGGUUCAAGUUUAAUCGGCAGUUAUUUGAUAGUCGGUGAGAGGCCUCUUGCUGGUGGUUUGGUGAACAGGUUUGGAGUUCGAUCUAUUGCAAUUUUUGGAAGUCUUUUGGCAGGGCUCGGUUUUUUCUUCUCAAUUUUUGCUACGAACGUUACCACAAUGAUAUUGUCGUACGGACUGAUUGCAGGUGCUGGCUUAGGCUUUAUUUACUUACCAGCUAUGGUCAUCGUUUGCUUCUAUUUUGAAAAAAAACGAUCAGUAGCUGUUGGUCUUGCCGUUGCUGGUUCUGGUGUCGGUACCAUUGUAGUACCUCCGCUAAACACCUAUCUUAUAAAAGAAAUUGGUUGCCAGUGGACACUUGCAAUACUAGCUGUGCUUGGAUUUUUUUGCGUUUUUUUUAGUUGGUUAUUCAAACCGCUAACUGCUGAGCAACCAAAAAAACUGCCUAUUGACAACACUUUUUCUGCUAUUAAUUCGAAGGAAUGCUACAAUAAUGGGCAGACUAGUACUCUUACGCCAAAAGACAGGUGUCAAGAACUGAUGGAUGAGAACAAGAACGAUUUUAAUCCAGGUUACUUCUUAAUAAUGCUUUUAUGUCUUAAAAAAGAAAUUAAAACAUUUAGCUAAUU